GUGUGAUACUUGGACAUAGUUUGGGAGAAAUCAGUGUUUAUUCAACAAUAAGCGGUUAUUGGUGCAGCAACUUAGGGAAUAUAAUUCUCCAUAUAGCAAAUAGAAAGAGCGAUGUAAUUUAGGUAAUGUUCAGUGAGCGAUAAGCCAUUUCAAGACGUCUUUCCGAUAACAAGAUUAAAUCAUCAGGGGAGCGGCGGAGCAGAAACAGUUUUAAGUUAGGGACGUAUCUUUGUAACAAUAAUUCAAUCAGAAUCGAUAAUGGAAGGAAGAAAUCGUGUUUGUGGCGGAAGCGAUGGUUCAGAUAUCGCCCUUGCUGAUCAUCGAAUAAACAUUCCACAAGGUUCUGUUGUGGGAAAUACGAUGAAUAUCACGACAAGUGAUAAAACAACUCGACAUGAUAUUAAAGAUGUUAACAAGGCUAUCGAAAGUCUAUCGGGAAAUGCUAACAUGGGGAGUGACAGUGAUAGCGAUCGUGACGUGAAUAUUGAGCAUGUAGAUACUCCUGGCAAACCCAGUGAAAUGGAUUUUGAAAUGCUAGGACAAGGAUACGGGCAAAGAAAUCCAGUAUUCAAAGACAAAGAUGGAAACAAGAUGGUGCGUGAUAACGAAGGAAAGCUCGUACGCCUGGGCAUCAACGCCCGGGAGAGGAGGCGCAUGCAUGAUCUGAAUGACGCCUUGGACGAACUUCGUUCCGUGAUACCUUACGCUCACAGCCCAUCAGUGAGAAAACUUUCCAAAAUUGCUACACUUUUACUAGCAAAAAACUAUAUUCUGAUGCAAGCUAAUGCCUUGGAGGAGUUGCGAAGGAUUAUCAUAUACAUGAACCAAACGGCGGCCCCAGCACCGCAUACUUCAGGACUAUUUGACAAUUUUGCUGCAUACGCUGCCCGCAUGCCCGGUAUGCCCCCCGUGGCGCAGCAAGGAAUCAGCGGACUACCUUCAUUCAAUAAAUGCCAACAGGCCUUCCGACCGCCAGGUCCACAGGAGUGAACAACAUCAAACUUAAUAAUGCAAAUAAUAUCCCUAUAAAUUAAAAUAGAUACAUCUAUAAUGACUUUUGAACAAACGAUUAUUAAAGUUUUAAACAUGCAAGUGAAUACCAAAUUUUAUAAUUUUUGGCCAUUUAUUGAUUUGAACAAAAGGUGUGAUUGACAGG